AAGUUAACAAAACUGUAUUCUUUUUUUUUUAAAAAAAAAAUGAAAAAGAAAAAGAAAAAGAAUUAUUGUUAAAUCUUCAUAGACUUUUUACUGGAAAAAAGAAAAGAAAAAAAAAAAGAGAAAUUGUAGAAAAGCAGAAGCGACGACUUUUGCUAAAAUAGAAACCCAAAAAACUUGUUCGCAGACUUUAACACACGCAAAAUCGCACGUCAAACUGAGCCUGAAUCCAAUGGCUGACAACAAGCCUCCACCACCGCCACCCUCAUCGUCUAAACCUCCGCCCACGAUCACUCUGCCGCCCAGAACUGCAAUGGACAAUUUCUUCACAGGGGUGAGUCCUGGCCCCAUGACUCUGGUUUCUAACUUAUUUGCUGAAAAUGAUGCGGACAGCGACUGUCGCUCCUUCUCACAGCUUCUCGCCGGCGCCAUAUCGUCUCCGGCAGCUCUACCAAACGUUAGACAGAAUUUUGCUCAUCCGCAGCCGGAGAGUAGGGGUGGAGGUGGUGGGACUGGGGAGUUUAGGUUUCAGCAGAGUAGGCCGGCCGGGUUGGUGGUAACACAGCCGCUGGGAAUGUUUACGAUUCCUCCGGGGUUGAGUCCUGCGAGCUUGCUAGAUUCUCCGGGGUUCUUUUCUUCAUCACAGGAUCCCUUUGGAAUGUCACAUCAACAAAUCCUGGCCCGGGUUACUGCUCAAGCUCAAAAUCAGAUGCAAAUCCAGCCUGAAUACCCGUCUUUAUCAUCAGCUCCUGCUUUAUCUGCUUCCCAUCUCCAACCUUUUCCUUCCAAUGCAUCUUUGCAGCAGCAGAUAUCUCCAUCUUUGCCAGACCCGAAAAUCAUGAAGGAGUCAUCUGAUAUUUCUCACACUGAUCAGAAAUCUCAACCUGCUAGCUUCAAUGUUGAUAAACCUACUGAUGAUGGGUACAAUUGGCGCAAGUAUGGGCAGAAGCAGGUGAAAGGCAGUGAGUUCCCUAGAAGCUAUUAUAAAUGUACUCAUCCCAAUUGUCCAGUCAAGAAGAAAGUUGAACGGUCUCUUGAUGGUCAAAUAACUGAGAUCAUAUACAAAGGCCAACACAACCAUUCCCCACCUAGUAAACGUACGAAAGAUACUGGAAACGCGAAUGGAACCAUGAACCCUCAGGGAAACUCUGAACUUGGCUCUGAUGGUCGGACUGGAAACUUGAAUGAACCUAAGGAGGGGCUUCCUUAUUUAUCAUCCACCAGAGAUCUGGAAGCUAGCCAAGCUACACCUGAACAUAUAUCUGGAUCAAGUGACAGUGAAGAAGUGGGUAAUGCUGAAGCUAGACUAGAUGAUGAGGAUAAGCCUGAAUCCAAAAGAAGCAGGAAUUUCGAGGUUCAGACUUCAGAGCAAGCAUCAUCCCAUCGCACGGUUACCGAGCCUAGGAUCAUCGUCCAGACCACGAGUGAAGUUGACCUUUUGGAUGAUGGUUAUAGAUGGCGAAAAUAUGGCCAGAAGGUCGUUAAAGGGAACCCUUACCCAAGAAGCUACUACAAGUGUACUAACCCCGGUUGCAAUGUCCGGAAGCAUGUUGAAAGGGCAGCAAGUGACCCAAAAGCUGUUAUAACAACAUAUGAGGGUAAACACAACCAUGAUCUACCCGUUGCUAGAGGCAGCAGCCACAGCACCGCAAAUGCUUCUUUACAGUUGAGACCACACAACUCAGUAGCUGACAGAUCAAGAGCAGAUGGAAGAAUGGAAUUUGGCAGCAAUGAGCAACAGCCUGUAGCCCUUCUGCGGUUCAAAGAAGAACAGAUAACAUAGCUUUCUUAUAAAUGAAUGGGACAAGCCAAGGUACUGAAAUUGCUACUAUGAGGUACAUGAGACUACUGGUGAGUAUGCUUGAGCUAUGCUUGCUCCUGGCUAUAUUUACUUAACACAGACGUACAAAGAGAUGCAGAGAGUAGGUUAUACAAAUGGCUGAAACAACAAAAUACAAAAGCUUGAGUUGAACAGGAUUGUUUGUAAAUUUUCGUCAACAGGAAACAACUAUUGUAGUGUUGUUGACAUGUGCAUUCUUUCUGUAAAUUAUUUUGUAUUGCUAAUAUUGUAUUGUGAAACACACGAGCAACGGGGGUGGAUCUUUGGACUUGCCAUUUGAAAAAUGAAGAUAGUUUUUUUGUUG